GGGCCCUGCGCUGGGGGUGUUACUCUGUGCCCUGCGAUGUCGAGCCGGAAGCUUGUCUCUGGUCGUGCCGCUGCCACCGGCCCAGCCCCUGCAGGGCAAGCGGUUUUGAGCCGAUUCUUCCAGUCAACGGGAAGCCUGAACUCUACCUCGUCCCCGACGGGUGCAGUCGAGAAGGCCGACCCUGACCCUGACUCUGACUCCGCAGCGCCCCUAGCGUCCACUUUCCCUCCUCAGUUGCCGCCGCACGUGGUUGCAGAAAUUGGCAGCAAUAAAAAGAGACCACUGGAGAGUGAUGGGCCUGUUCAAAAGAAAGCAAAGAAAGUCCAAGAAAAGGAAGGAAGAAGUGAUUCAAUAAUGUCUGGGAACUCUGAGCCAAAGAAAUCUCUGAGGACCAAGAGUGUUUUAAAGUCUCUGGAAAAAUUGAAAGAAUUCUGCUGCGAUUCUGCCGUUCCUCAAAAGAGAGUCCAGACAGAACCUUCUCAGGAGAGAUUUGCAGUUCUACCAAAAUGUACUGAUUUUGAUGAUAUCAAUCAUCUACGUGCAAAGAAGGCAGUUUCUUGCGAAGAUUCCAAAUCUCGUGUUAGUCAAAAGGAUAAGACACUUUCUGAUCUCAGUCCUUUUGGAUCAUCACACACGGGUAAUGACAAUUUACAGAAAACUUCGGAUCCUAAACCAUCUAACAAACGGACCAAAAGCAUCUAUACACCUUUAGAAUUACAAUACAUAGAAUUGAAGCAGCAGCAGAAAGAUGCAAUUUUGUGUGUGGAAUGUGGAUAUAAAUAUAGAUUCUUUGGGGAAGACGCAGAGAUUGCAGCCCGGGAGCUCAAUAUUUAUUGCCAUUUAGAUCACAACUUUAUGACAGCAAGCAUACCUACUCACAGACUGUUUGUUCACGUACGCCGCCUCGUGGCAAAGGGAUAUAAGGUGGGAGUCGUGAAGCAGACGGAAACUGCAGCAUUAAAGGCCGUCGGGGACAACAGAAGUUCACUGUUUUCCCGGAAAUUGACUGCUCUUUAUACGAAAUCUACACUUAUUGGAGAAGAUGUGAACCCUUUAGUCAAGGUGGAUGAUGCUGUAAAUGUUGAUGAGAUAAUCACUGAUAGUUCUACCAGCUUUCUUCUGUGUAUCUGUGAAAAUAAGGAAAAUAUUAAGGACAAAAAAAAGGGGAACAUUUUCAUUGGAAUCGUGGGAGUGCAGCCUGCCACAGGUGAGGUCGUGUUUGAUAGUUUUCAGGACUCUGCCUCCCGUUCGGAGCUAGAAACUCGGAUACUGUGCCUGCAGCCGGUGGAGCUGCUGCUUCCCUCACACUUGUCAGAGCAAACAGAGGCGCUCAUCCACAGAGCCACAGCUGCUAGUGUGCGGGAUGACAGAAUUCGAGUAGAAAGGAUGGAUAACAUGUAUUUUGAUUACAGCCAUGCUUUCCAGGCAGUUACAGAGUUUUAUGCAAAAGAUGCAGUUGACAUCCAAGCUUCUCAAAGUUUUUCUGGCAUCAUUAACUUGGAGAAGCCUGUGAUUUGCUCUUUGGCUGCCAUAAUAAGAUACCUCAAAGAAUUUAACUUGGAAAAGGUGCUUUCCAAGCCCAAGAAUUUUAAACAGUUGUCUGGUGAAAUGGAAUUUAUGACAAUUAAUGGAACAACAUUAAGGAAUCUUGAAAUCCUGCAGAAUCAGACUGACAUGAAAACCAAAGGAAGUUUACUUUGGGUCUUAGACCAUACUAAAACUUCAUUUGGGAGACGGAAAUUAAAGAAGUGGGUGACUCAGCCACUCCUUAAACUAAGGGAGAUAAAUGCUCGACUAGAUGCUGUAUCUGAAGUGCUCCAUUCAGAAUCCAGUGUGUUUGGUCAGAUAGAAAACCAUCUGCGUAAACUGCCUGAUAUAGAGAGAGGACUCUGUAGCAUUUAUCACAAAAAAUGCUCUACGCAAGAGUUCUUCUUGAUUGUCAAAACUCUGUAUCACCUGAAGUCAGAAUUUCAAGCAUUGAUACCUGCUGUUAAUUCCCACGUUCGGUCAGACUUGCUCCAGACAUUUAUUUUAGAAAUUCCUGAACUCCUCAGUCCAGUGGAGCAUUACUUAAGGAUACUUAAUGAGCAAGCUGCCAAAACUGGGGAUAAAACUGAAUUAUUCAAAGACCUUACUGACUUCCCUUUAAUAAAAAAGAGAAAGGAUGAAAUUCAAGAAGUUACUGACAAGAUCCAAAUACAUUUGCAAGAAAUACGAAAAAUACUAAAAAAUCCUUCUAUACGAUAUGUGACAGUGUCAGGACAGGAGUUUAUGAUUGAAAUGAAGAAUUCUGCUGUAUCUUGUAUACCAACUGAUUGGGUUAAGGUUGGAAGCACAAAAGCUGUGAGCCGUUUUCACUCUCCUUUUAUUGUAGAAAAUUACAGACAUCUGAAUCAGCUCCGGGAGCAGCUAGUCCUUGACUGCAGUGCUGAAUGGCUUGAUUUUCUAGAGAAUUUCAGUGAACAUUAUCACUCCUUGUGUAAAGCAGUACAUCACCUAGCAACUAUUGACUGCAUUUUCUCCCUGGCCAAGGUCGCUAAGCAAGGAGAUUACUGCAGACCAACUCUACAAGAAGAAAGGAAAAUUGUGAUUAAAAAUGGCCGGCACCCUGUGAUUGACGUGUUGCUUGGAGAACAGGAUCAGUAUGUUCCCAACAGUACGAAUUUAUCAGGAGAUUCAGAGAGAGUAAUGAUAAUCACUGGACCAAACAUGGGUGGAAAGAGCUCCUACAUAAAACAAGUUGCACUGAUUACUGUCAUGGCUCAGAUUGGCUCCUACGUUCCUGCAGAAGAAGCAACAAUUGGAAUCGUGGAUGGCAUUUUCACGAGGAUGGGUGCUGCAGAUAAUAUAUAUAAAGGACAGAGUACCUUUAUGGAAGAGCUGACUGACACAGCAGAAAUAAUAAGACAAGCAACAUCCCAGUCCUUGGUUAUCUUGGAUGAAUUGGGAAGAGGGACGAGUACUCAUGAUGGAAUCGCCAUUGCUUAUGCUACACUCGAGCAUUUUAUUAGAGAUGUGAAAUCCUUAACCCUGUUUGUCACCCAUUAUCCACCAGUUUGUGAAUUAGAAAAAAGUUACUUACAACAGGUGGGAAAUUAUCACAUGGGAUUCUUGGUGAAUGAGGAUGAAAGCAAAGAGGAUCCAGGUACGAAAUACACAUGCAGUGAAGAACAAGUCCCUGAUUUUGUCACUUUUCUUUAUCAAAUAACCAGAGGAAUUGCAGCAAGGAGUUAUGGACUAAAUGUGGCUAAACUAGCAGAUGUUCCUGGAGAAAUUUUAACGAAAGCGGCUAGCAAGUCAAAGGAGUUAGAAGGAUUAGUAAAUAUGAAGAGGAAAAGGCUAAAGUGUUUUGCAAAGUUAUGGAUGAUAAAUGAUGCAAAAGACCUGCAAAAAUGGAGAGAGGAGUUUGAAAUGGAAGAAAUUCCAGGCUUCUCUUCUUGAUUAAAACGAAGACAUUUUUGGACAAAACAUGGAGAUUAAAAGUACCGUCUGUACAAAACAA